GGCGGGUACCUUUUGGCUCUAGGUGAAGCCUUUCUAUAUCCAGCCAGUCGUGCCUAGGCAACGGCAUGAACGCGCAUGUCAGCUUCGCUGCAGAGACUCUGCUGCUUCGGCUUUCACGAUUAAUCGCAGGGGUGGUGUUGAUAGCGAGAGGCGACGGAUGUCCACUUUUAUUUGUGUAAAUGGAUGACACGGCCAGGUGAAAUCACAUUCUUACGGCUUGAAAAGAAAUUACCCGACCCCAUCGUCUGUGGAGCAUGACGUUGCGAGGCCGAGGAGACCGCUAACGUUUACUGAUGGAAUUCCCAGUCGCUGCUCGAUGGAGAAAACGACAGGGUGGACUCGUUGUAAAUAAUUAAAAAAACGGCAUCUGCUGCUUCAAAAUAAGAAAGAUGCAUCUGCACCAGGUGCUGACUGGGGCGGUGAACCCUGGAGACUGCUGCUACUCGGUGGGAAGCGUGAAUGACGUGCCGUUUACGGCCUAUGGCUCAGGUUGUGAUGUAGUGAUCUUGGCUAGCGACUUCGAGUGUGUGCAGAUAAUCCCGGGAGCUCAGAAUGGGAACAUCCAGGUGGGCUGCGUGGAGUGCUCCCAUCAGCUUGGCAGGAUUGCUGCAUCUUAUGGAAACACAGUCUGCAUCUUUGAACCACUGUCUACCAACCCAAACAAACGCCACAAGCAGCUUAACUGUCAGUGGCAAAAGACAGGGCAGUUCUUCCUUGAUGCCAUCACCUACAAUCUGGCCUGGGACCCACAGGGGAACCGUAUCCUAGCAGCAACUGAGAGGCUCCAGCUGUGGGCUCCACCACUGGCAGACGCCCUAAUCGAGGAGGAGGAUGGGCAGAUAUCUGAGGACAAGCCCCACCCGGUUCUUAAUGACUGGAACUGUGUUUGGCAGUGCAAGACUGCUGCAUCUGUGCACGUUGCCAAGUGGUCCCCUGAUGGAGAAUAUUUUGCAACAGUUGGGAAGGAUGACUGUUUACUCAAAGUGUGGUAUCCCACCACUGGCUGGCGUUCUGCAGUGGUGGUCCAAGACCCUUCUGAUAAAAAGCCACCUGUUCACUUCUCGUUUGUUUACCUGGCCCAUCCCCGCUCGGUUACUGGUAUGUCCUGGAGAAAGACCAGCAAGUACAUGCCCAAGGGUUCCGUUUGCAAUGUUUUGCUGACAUCCUGUGAGGAUGGUGUGUGCAGGGUGUGGUCUGAGACCCUGCUUCCAGAGGAUAGCUUGCUUGGAGGGCAGAUAUCCGAGAACACGCACUCAUUUAGCUCCAGCUUGCCAGGCUUGGCAGGCAAUAAGGACAAGAUUCAGCAUGCUUUAGAGUCUAUUCACCAUCUGAAGCAUCUGCGCCGUGGAAGGCGACGAUCAUCUGCUCUGGUAGCUCACAGUGAGCUGCUCCCUUCUCAGCUUGGCACGCAGGACGCACACACUCACCGCCACAUCGCACAUCAUGCCAAUGCCUUGUGUCACUUCCACAUCUCAGCCAGCAUCAACCCCAACACAGACAUCCCACCAAUGCUGGCAGAUUCUGCACUGUUCAAUGCAGAUGAUGGCACUGGGGCAGGAGGAUUUGUAGUUCACUGGCUCAAUAACAAGGACCUCAGCUUUACCUCCUCUAUGGAUGUUUUUAUGCUACAGCUCCGAAAGUUCUCUGAACACCAAUUAGACCAUGUGACAGAAUAUUCUCUGGACCCUGAAGGAUCCCCUAUGAAGUUUGACUUUGACUUGGAUGAGAUGUCUGACAAAGCCUCAUCUGAGCAUGGGGAGGAGCAGGAGCCCGGGGAGCAGGGAAGUACAAAGGCAUCUUCACCAGGAUCCAGCUCUAGCUUGCCUUUGCCCUCAAUGCUGCUGGAGAGGAAGAUGGAGAUCUUAACCACAGAGUGGAACAAAAGUCCUGACAUGCUGUUCACGAUCCAUCCAACUGAUGGCUCGUUCCUGGUUUGGCAUGUAAAGUACUUAGAUGAGUUCAACCAAGGCAUCUUCAGACAGGUUCAGGUGUCCUUCUCCUCCCGUAUACCAGUUGCAUUUCCGACAGGUGAUGCCAACUCCCUAAGUAAAAACAUCUUGAUGUACGCCUGUACUUUGACAGAGAGGGAGAGUUCCAGGGCGGGUGAACAUGGACAGUUGGUUCAACAUGUCUCUCACUCUGCCUCAGCCUCGGCUGGCCUUAGUUCACCUGUCUUGGCCUCUUCUUCUAACCCCAAACCUGGCAUCAGUCCAGCUGUCAUGAUGGUUUCCAAGCAUGUUGACGGAUCCCUCAACCAGUGGGCUGUAACAUUCGCUGAGCGCUCUGCAUUUUCAAAUGUAUUGACCGUAUCCCACAAGUUUCGAUAUUGUGGACACCGAUUCCAUCUGAAUGACCAAGCUUGUCACACGGUGCUGCCAUUGCUGCUCACCUCCUCACACCAUAAUGCAUUGCUCACGCCUCCCUCAGCUCCUGGCAGCAUGGAAGGAGAGCAACUUCCCACUUUUCCCCUGCCAAAAGGACUUCCUAGGAAGCAGCUUCGUAAUGCCGCAACAAGAACCUUCCAUGACCCCAAUGCCAUAUAUAGUGAACUCAUCUUGUGGAGAGUGGACCAUAUUGGACCCCUAUCAUGCACUGGAGGGGUCUCUGAACUGGCCCGUAUCAACUCUCUGCACACCUCUGCUUUUAGCAAUGUUGCUUGGCUACCUUCGCUUGUCCCCAGCUCUGUACUUGGAACAUACUGUAACAGUGCCAGCGCCUGCUUUGUGGCAUCAGAUGGUAAAAACCUGCGUCUCUACCAAGCUGUUGUGGAUGCCAGAAAGCUACUAGAUGAACUGUCUGAUCCAGAAACAUCUAAACUAGUAGGGGAAGUUUUCAACAUCGUCAGCCAGCAGUCCACCGCUAGACCUGGCUGUAUUAUAGAGCUGGAUGUCAUUACAAACCAGUGUGGUGCCAACACCCAGCUGCUGCAUGUCUUCCAAGAGGAUUUCAUUCUCGGUUACAAACCUCAGAAGGAACCAGACACAUACACAACUGCCUUUCCAUCUGGUGAAGAUUACCAACCUCCUCCUUUUUCUGAGAAAUUCUUCCUGGUGGUGAUAGAAAAGGAUCUCAACAGGAACUCUGUACUACAAAUGUGGCACCUGCACCUACAGUCUGUCCAGGCCUGUGUUGAUGAUCUGAACCAAGAUUAUAGCUUCCAGAACCAGCUAAUGGUUCCCAAUGAAGUUAUGAAUGCUGACUCAUCUCCAGAAACGUCACCAAUUAGGCCUCUCCCACGCUCAGCCUCCACGGCCAAUUUGCAAUCAGCCAGCAAACUCAUACUCAGUUCCAAACUAGUGUACAGCAAGAGACUUGACUUGCCCCAUGGGGUGGAGGUUACCAGAGCCACACCUUCUGCUGGUCAUCUGAGUUCCUCCUCCAUUUACCCAGUGUGCCUGGCUCCAUAUUUGAUUGUUACUACCUGCUCUGACUCUCGAGUGCGGUUUUGGUGCUGUGCUGUAGAGGGUGAUGAUGGAGAUCAUGACAAUGACCAGGACAAGCGGGUGUACCAUUGGGAGCCGUGGGAUCUAAUGAACGAGGAGGAAGACAAUAACAGUGCCGUGUCUGUGUCGGGGCGGCCUGUUGCUGUGUCAUGCUCCUACAUUGGUAGGCUGGCUGUGGCGUUUAAACAGCCACGACAAGGACAGAUUUCUAGAGAGGAGUUCUCCAUGCACGUGUCUAUUUACGAGUGUGAAUCUACUGGUGGCUCAGAGUGGGUCUUGGAGCAAACUAUUCACUUGGAUGACUUCAACAGACCCUCAGCAACCCUGGACCCUAGAGUCAGUGUGGACUCCAACCUCUUUGUCUACAGCAGAUCUGACCUUUACAUGAGUCGAGACCACAACUCACCUAACAUCAAGCACUAUGUCCACCUGGACUGGUUGUCAAAAGAAGAUGGAUCACACAUUCUCACUGUGGGGGUUGGAUCCAACAUUCUGAUGUAUGGCCGAAUCUCUGGUAUGGUCAACGAACAGACAAGCAGCAAAGAGGGUGUGGCUGUCAUCACCCUUCCUCUAGGGGGCAGUAUUAAACAGGGCAUCCGCUCUCGUUGGAUCCUGCUGCGGGCCGUGGACCUGCUGUCUUCUGUGGAUGGCACGCCUUCUCUGCCAGUAUCAUUGUCCUGGGUGAGGGAUGGCAUCUUGGUGGUGGGCAUGGAUUGUGAGAUGCACGUGUAUGCCCAGUGGCACCAAGACAAAAAGCCUGGUGAGGGAGAAGAGGGCAACUUGUCAACAGCAGACAUCGCUGGAGGUCAAAGCACAACGUCUUCCUCAGUCUUUGAAGGGAGAGCCAGAUCUAAAAGUGUUUUUGAAGGGAACACCACAGUAGAUGAGGCACUCCGUGCCCCAGCAGGACUUCAAGAGGGUGGGCUUUUUGAGGCAGCUCACUCCUUGUCUCCGACACUACCCCAAUAUCAUCCUACCCAACUGCUUGAACUCAUGGAUUUGGGAAAGGUUCGUCGUGCCAAGGCCAUUCUCGCUCAUUUGGUGAAGUGUAUUGCUGGCGAGGUUGCUGUGGUUAGGGAUGUGGAGGCAGGUGAGGGAGGAGCCAGGAGACAUCUGUCCCGAACCAUCAGUGUGACUGGCAGCACAGCAAAAGACACGAUUGUUGCUGGUCGUGACGGAGGGCGGGACUACACCGAAAUCAACUCCAUCCCUCCACUUCCACUGUAUGCGCUCAUGCUGGCCGAUGAAGAUACUUCUUUCAAGGGAGCAGAAGAAGUAGUCAAAGGAACCAAAGUGAACAAUGGCGAGGCAGGGCAGAUGUCUAGUGAGGACCAAUAUGCUGACCUGUUCCAGGUGCCAACGGUCACCACAGACGACUUUGUGAACUUUGCAACCGAUAAACCAGAGAAGAAGUCUCGUGUUAUCAACCUCUCCCAAUAUGGUCCAACCUACUUUGGACCAGAGCAUGCACAGGUUUUGUCCAGUCACCUAAUGCACUCCAGCCUCCCUGGACUGACCCGGCUUGAGCAAAUGUUCUUGGUAGCACUGGCUGACACAGUAGCAACCACCAGUGCUGAAGUCACCAACUCCUCUGACCAACAGUACACAGGAGGUGAGGCUCUGGAUGAGUGUGGACUGAGGUACCUGUUGGCCAUGCGUCUUCAUACCUGCUUGCUCACCUCUCUGCCCCCACUCUAUCGCAUGCAGCUUCUCCACCAGGGUUUGUCAACCUGCCACUUUGCGUGGGCCUUCCACUCUGAGGCAGAGGAGGAGCUGCUGAACAUGAUCCCAGCCAUGCAGAGAGGUGACCCACAGUGGUCUGAACUCCGAGCUGUAGGUGUCGGUUGGUGGAUACGCAACAUCAACACGUUGAGGAAAAUGGUGGAAAAGUUGGGCAAAGCUGCAUUCCAGAGGAACAAUGACCCUUUAGAUGCUGCUCUCUUCUACCUGGCCAUGAAGAAAAAGGCUGUCCUUUGGGGACUCUUCAGGUCCCAGCAUGAUGAGAAGAUGACUCAGUUCUUCAAGAACAAUUUCAGUGAAGACCGCUGGCGAAAGGCAGCGCUAAAAAAUGCUUUCUCCCUGCUGGGAAAGCAACGCUUUGAACAGUCAGCCGCCUUCUUCUUGCUUGCUGGAUCACUGAAAGACGCCAUUGAGGUCUUGAUGGAGAAGAUGGAGGAUCUGCAGUUAGCCAUGAUAGUGGCAAGGCUGUAUGAAGCAGACUUUGAAAGCUCAUCCACCUGCCAAGGCCUCCUUUAUGAGAAGGUUCUUGGUUGUAACAGGGAUGGAAGUGGUUACCACUGUUCUAGACUUCACCCUGACCCCUUUUUGCGCAGCAUUGCAUACUGGAUCAUGAAGGAUUACACCCAAGCCCUGGACACACUCUUAGAGCGCAUCCCCAAAGAUGAUGAUGAUAACCCCGAUGUGAUGGUCAAAUCUUGCAACCCAGUGGUGUUCAGUUUCUACAACUAUCUAAGAACACACCCUCUCAUAAUUCGGCGGCACUUUGCAAGUUCAGAGGGUACAGCAGCAACUGUGGGUCUCACUUCUGAAAAGAGCAGUGCAGAUGAGAUCAAUCUCAUCGAGCGCAAAUUGUUCUUCACUACUGCUAAUGCUCAUUUCAAGGUGGGCUGCCCAGUUUUGGCCUUGGAGGUGCUCUCCAAGAUUCCCAAAGUUACCAAGAAAUCUGGUUCAUCACCCCUCAGCAAAGCUGCCUCCAAAGCUAAUGUAAACUCAACCCAUCCAAUGGAAGAGACCACGGGUCUGGAUUGGGCUUCACCUGCUGCCCCUGUAUGGGGAGGAAAUGACAGUCAAGGAGGCCUCGACUGGAGCCAACCGGUGAUCAAGUUGCAAGAUGAUGAGUUACAGCUGGAUUGGGGCAAUGAUAACGAAGAGAGUGAAGAUGAUGAUUGUUUAACCAUGAAGAAACUUGAAACCGAGACCAAAGCAGAGAUUACUUCUGAAUCCAAACAAAGAGAUGACUCACAGGGUGAGUCUGAGGUGGAUGUAAUAGCGGAGCAGCUGAAGUUCCGCGCCUGUCUGAAAAUCCUGAUGACAGAGCUUCGCACAUUAGCCACAGGCUUUGAGGUAGAUGGAGGGAAGCUUCGUUUUCAGCUCUACAGCUGGCUGGAGAAGGAGAUUGCAGCCAUGCAUAACAUCUGCAACUACAAGGUAGAAGGGAAGGAGGAGACAUCAGAGACAGAGCACUGGGCAGAGCGAGCAGCAUCAGUGGACAUAUCGGAUGACAUGUUUGAGAGAACAGACGCUGGGGCCUAUGAGCGUCACCAAAUGGAACGACGCCGUCUUCAGGCUAAGCAGCAGCACUCAGAGAGGCGCAAGGCUUGGCUAAGAAAGAACCAGGCACUGCUUAGGGUCUUUCUUUCUUACUGCAGCCUCCAUGGAGCCAAGGGAGGAGGAGUAACCUCUGUGCGGAUGGAACUCCUGUUCCUUCUUCAGGAAAGCCAACAGGAGAUCACAGUGAAGCAGUUGCAAUCUCCCCUCCCUCUGCCAACAACCCUGCCUCUCUUAUCAGCCUGCAUUGCGCCCACCAAGACAGUCAUAGCCAAUCCUGUGCUUCACCUCAGCAAUCACAUUCAUGAUAUCCUCCACACCAUCACCCUCAUGGACCUUCCGCCACAUCCAGAUCUCACAGAUGACCGGGUAAAUGCCCUACACACACUAGCAGCCUCUCUGUCUGCUUGCAUUUAUCAGGCACUGUGUGACAGCCAUAGUUACAGCAGCCAGACCGAGGCCAACCAGUUUACUGGCAUGGUGUAUCAGGGCCUGUUGCUCAGUGAGAGGAAACGACUGCGCACAGAAAGCAUAGAGGAACAUGUAACUCCCAACUCGGCUCCUGCCCAGUGGCCAGGGGUAUCGUCCCUGAUUUCACUGUUGACAUCUGCCAGGGAGGAGGACCAGCCGAGGCUAAAUGUGCUGUUGUGCGAGGCAGUCAUGGCUGUUUAUCUAGCCUUGCUCAUCCAUGGCCUGGGCACUCACAACAGUAAUGAACUCUUUCGUCUUGCUGCACAUCCUCUCAACAACCGCAUGUGGGCCGCUGUCUUUGGAGGAGGAGCCAAAGUCAUUAUUAAGCCAAAGAGGCCCGAAGCCCCACCAGUGCCAGCUGAUUUUGAGGCAGCCAGGCCAGAUGAGUCUCUGGAGACACGAAGACCUGAACAGGGCAGCCUCACCCAAACCCCCCAACCCAUUCCCAAUGAAACCCAGUGUCUCAAACGGCCCCCACCUCCUAUUUCACGGGGUGGUGGGCCCAGCACUGUGACACCAGCAACUAAGACCAGCUUGGUACUCCCUCAGCCCCCUGCAGAGGAUGUGGAUCGGUACAGGCGUAGAUUCAACAUGAGGAUGCUUGUUCCUGGACGCCCUGUGAAGGAGACGCCAGCCACUCCACCACCUGUGCCCACAGAGAGACCCACGUACAGGGAAAAGUUCAUUCCCCCAGAGCUGAGCAUGUGGGACUAUUUUGUGGCCAAACCAUUCUUGCCACUGUCAGACAGCAACGCUUUGUGUGAUUCGGAUGAAAGCGGAGCAGAGGAUGAGGAUGAUGAUGACGAUGACGCCUUUCUUUCUGACACACAGAUGACCGAGCACUCUGACCCCAACUCCUACAGCUGGGCUCUUAUCCGCCUGGUCAUGGUGAAACUUGUUCACAACUGCAUUAAGAAUUUUCUGCCUAUCACUGGCCUCGAUUCUGCAGACUUGCCAGUCACUUCACCUCUCACCAAUGCUGUGUUGAAGACCCUGGAAAACUGGGAACAGCUUUUACUGGAGCCAAUGAAUAAAUUUGACGGCCCACCUCCCAACUACAUUAACACUUACCCUACUGACCUCAGUGCAGGAGGUGGUCCUGCCAUAUUGCGACACAAGGCCAUGUUGGAGCCGGACAACACUCCCUUCAAGACAAAGAAUCACCAGUCUUUUCCAGCCCGACGCCUGUGGCAUUUUCUGGUAAAACAGGAAGUUCUCCAGGAGACUUUAAUUCGUUAUAUAUUCACCAAGAAAAGAAAGCAGAGCGAGUCUGUAGAGAACCAUAUGGACCAUGUAAGCCCAAUCUGCAUAGCUGGAGCUAGCAGUCUGAAUAAGGUGGAGGCAGAUCUGGGUUAUCCAGGAGGAAAAGCAAAAAUCAUUCACAAGGAGUCUGACAUAAUCAUGGCAUUUGCAAUCAACAAGGCUAACUCUAAUGAAAUAGUGCUGGCCUCCACCCAUGAUGUCCAGGAGGUGGAUGUGUCUACGCUAGUGGCUGUGCAGCCCUACACCUGGAUAGGAGAGGAUUUUGAUAAAGAAUCACGCAGCUCUGAUGACAUUGACUACCGAUCAUCUCACACCAACAUUGCCCAGGCCAGCUCUGUCCCGUUUGCACCACCCCAGAUGCCCGUCUCUGCAUCGAUGCCAUGGCUUGGCAGUGGGCAGACGAGCAUGGGAGCCAGCGUGAUCAUGAAGAGGAAUCUCAAUAAUGUCAAGAGAAUGACAUCACAUCCAAUUUAUCAGUAUUACAUGACAGGGGCCCAGGAUGGCAGUGUGAGAAUGUUCGAAUGGAACAGACCUCAGCAGCUCAUCUGCUUCAGACAAGCAGGCAAUGCUCGAGUCACCCGACUCUAUUUCAACUCCCAGGGCAAUAAGUGUGGAGUCGCUGACGGUGAGGGAUUCCUCAGUCUGUGGCAAGUCAACCAGACAUCCUCCAACCCCAAACCCUAUCUGAGUUGGCAGUGCCACACGAAGACCUGUGGAGAUUUUGCUUUCAUCACAUCCUCAAGUCUCAUCGCCACAGCCGGACAGUCAAAUGAUAACAGAAACGUGUGUUUGUGGGACACUCUGAUUUCACCCAGCAAUACCAUGGUGCACGCUUUCCCAUGCCAUGAGAACGGGGCCACUGUGCUGCAGUAUGCUCCUAAACAGCAGCUGCUGAUCACUGGAGGCAGAAAAGGCUUUGUGUGUGUGUUUGACAUCCGCCAGAGACAGCUGCUCCACACUUUCCAAGCUCAUGACUCCGCCAUCAAGGCGCUUGCACUGGAUGCCUUUGAGGAUUUCUUUGUCACUGGCUCUGCAGAGGGCAACAUGAAGGUAUGGAAACUAGCUGGCCAUGGUCUCAUGCACUCCUUUGGCAGUGAGCACGCAAAACAGUCCAUCUUCCGCAACAUCGGCGCUGGAGUCAUGCAGGUGGAAACCCGGCCCGGUAACCGCAUCUUUACCUGCGGUGCAGAUGGAACCUUGAAGAUGAGGGUACUCCCUGACCGCUACAACAUCCCCAGCAGCUUGGUUGACAUCCUGUAAUUCCCGCGUUCACCUUUGAGUGUCCAAAGAGGAAAUGGGGAGGGGAGAUUCACGAAAGCUUAUGUAACACUUGCAAGGCAUUAACAGUGUAACAGAUGAGGAAAGAGCCUGUUGAACGAUUUCUUUACUUUUGGCAUCUUUCAGUGUUCAUAAGUUUACUGUUGAUCUACAGUGACAAACGGAGCUGCAAAUAUUGGUUUUCCCAAAGGAUGAAAGCAAAAGGUAACAUACUUGAUUUUAAAGCUAGAUUUAUUGUCAUUUUAUUGAAGAAUCUCUACUCUUAGAGCGUGUCCAUAGGGAAGCUAUGCAUGUCCUGUUCUCGUUACGCAGUGCAAUCACAGGUCUGUUGAUAGUGCUCUGUAGAAGUGCUCUGGCAAAACUUUUAAAAGUGUGUAACUGUCGUCAUUUUGUGCCCACAGCUGAACUCUCUUAGCAUCUACUGUAACCAGCACUGCGGUUUGUUAUUAAGUCAGUGGUAUCCAAGUGUGAAUCAAGUCGUUGGACAUUUGCUUUGAUUUCAUUCUUUUUUUUUAACUCCUCCUUUAUGCCUGGCUUUUCUCAGUCCUUAUGGAAGAGUGCAUUGCUGAUAUAGUGACAACCCCCUCCCACCCCGCCCAGUCCCUUCUAUCUCGGACUACCCCGGUAACACACACUGACCUGUCUUGGUUUGGCCUUGUGUGUGUGGGUGUGUAUGUGUGCGUGUGCGUGUGCUCCUGUGUCUGCUCUCAAAUGCCUGUUUGUGUGGCAGCCUCACUGCUAGAACAUUCCUGUUUGGGAAGAUGUGUUUUGCUCUCGUGACUGUGAUUUCAGUGUUUCCAUCUGUCUGGUCCCAACAUUAAUGCCCCCCUCCCUCCCCACAAUGGAAACACAAAAUUUUCACUUCUAGUUUUGCACAAGAUUAUCUUGAUCAUCUUUAUUUUUGUCCUAGUUUUUUAACAGUUGAAUUUUAUUUAAAUUAUUUAUGUGUUGUUUGUGUCUGUUUGGUUGACCAUUCCUUUGUAAAGCUAUUUAACUUAAUGCCUUUUAUGUUAGGAAUGUAAGGGGUUUUACUUGACUGGGAGAUGUGCAACACAGUCUUGUGUGUAAGUGUAUGUUACCUUGCUAGUUGUUUUUAACCGUUUCAUCCAUAAAGAAUACAUAUUUGAACUCUAACCAUGAAGACGCUAAAGGUUUUAUUUCAAAUAAAUAGGUUAUAAGAAGAAUCUGUUAAAUACGAAUGAAUGUCUGGCUUUAUUUGGCCUAGUAGUCAAAUGUUUAAAAUAGUUUUAAUAUAUAAAUUCUAUAUAUAUAUAUAUAAUAUAUGAAAUAUCACAGCAGCUUGUACAAACAUGAAAGCAUUUCUUUAUUUUUGGUUUGUAUCAUACCAGCUGAAUUAGUUGUAACUUUUGUUAGGUGUGUGUGUAAGGUAUUUAUUAAACAAAUUUGUGUUUCUCUCCCCUCUUUCCGCCCACUAUGUGUAUUGUACGUGUUUUACCAGUGGCCCUACUGGUGUCUGGUGUGUGUAUAUGUGUGUGUAUCAGUGUGUGUGCAUGCACAGCAACACAAAACUAGUAUCACGGGCAGGUGCUUGCAAGAGUACCAGUGCCAGAAAGAAAGAACAGGUCAUGGUUGGAGAUUUACCUUUGUAAAGUGAAUAAAUUAUUUUUAUUUCA